UGUGGGAGGCGUCAGGUCAAUGGUCCAGGGCUCCCCCGAGCGGGACCGCCGGCUUCGGUCGGGCGUCUGUCGUCCCCCACGGGCUGCACGUGUGAAGGACGGUCCGUGAAAUCCUGUGAUCUGUCCCAGCGGCAGGCAGAAGUCAUGGACGUAGACGCUGAAAGAGAGAAGAUAGCAAAGGAGAUCGCGGAGCUUGAGAGGAUUUUGGAUCCCACUUCCUCGGGCAUCGGAGUGGGGGUCUCGGAGUCUGGUCUCACGUUGGAUUCUGACGCAGAUUCACUGCCAGAGGAGGACUCAGAGGCUGCUGCUUCCCCAGGCUCGGAAGAGGAGAGGUGGGGUGAGGCCAGCAAUGGUGAGGAUGACCCCAAGGAAAAGACCCUUCCUGAAGACCCAGAGACCUGCCUGCAGUUGAACAUGGUCUACCAGGAGGUCAUCCAGGAGAGGCUGGUAGAGGUCAGCCUCCUACUGGCCCAGAACCAGGAGCAGCAGGAGGAGAUCAUGUGUGACCUGGCAGGAUCCAAAGCCUCCAAGGUGAAGGACGGCAAGAGCCUGCCUCCGAAUCUGUACAUAGGGCACUUCAUGAAGCCCUACUUCAAGGACAGGGUGACCGGAGUGGGGCCUCCUGCCAAUGAAGAGACGCGGGAGAAGGCUGCCCAGGGCAUCAAGGCUUUCGAGGAGCUCCUGGUGACUAAGUGGAAAAACUGGGAAAAGGCCUUGCUCCGAAGAUCAGUGGUGAGCGACCGCUUGCAGCGCCUGCUUCAGCCCAAGUUACUGAAGCUUGAGUACUUGCACCAGAAACGGAGUAGGGUGACGAGCGAGGCAGAGAGGCAGGUCCUGGAGAAGCAGAGCAGGGAGGCAGAGAGGGAAGUCCAGGACAUUCGGCAACUCCCAGAGGAGGCCUUGCUGGGGAACAGGCUGGACAGCCACGACUGGGAGAAGAUUUCUAACGUUAACUUUGAGGGUGGCCGCAGUGCGGAGGAGAUCCGGAAGUUCUGGCAGAACUGCGAGCACCCGAGCAUCAACAAGCAGGAGUGGAGCGGGCAGGAGGUAGACCAGCUGAAGGCCCUUGCAGCCAAGCAUGGCCAUCUGCAGUGGCAGAAGAUUGCCAAGGAGCUGGCGACCAACCGCAGCGCCUUCCAGUGCCUGCAGAAGUAUCAGCAGCACAACAAGGCUCUGAAGCGCAAGGAGUGGACGCGGGAGGAGGACCGCCUGCUCACCCAGCUCGUCCAGGAGAUGCGCGUCGGCAGCCACAUCCCUUACCGGAGAAUUGUCUACUACAUGGAAGGGAGAGACUCCAUGCAGCUCAUCUAUCGGUGGACCAAGAGCUUGGACCCCAGCCUGAAGAAGGGGUUCUGGGCCCCAGAGGAAGACGCGAAGUUGCUUCGAGCAGUUGCCAAAUACGGGGAGCAGGAUUGGUUUAAAAUCCGGGAAGAGGUGCCAGGUAGGAGCGAUGCCCAGUGCCGAGAUCGGUACCUCAGACGACUGCAUUUCAGCUUGAAAAAGGGACGAUGGAACGCAAGUGAAGAGGGGAAGCUGCUUGAGUUGAUCGAGAAGUACGGUGUUGGUCACUGGGCAAAAAUAGCUUCUGAACUACCCCAUCGGACGGGCUCCCAGUGUCUGAGCAAGUGGAAGAUCAUGGUCAGGAAGAAGCAGAGUCGGGGGAGGAGGCGGCGGCGGCCCCUUGGCAGCGUGCGGUGGAGCUCCAGCAGCACGGACGGCAGCAGCGCGGACGGCAGCAGCGGGGACGGCAGCAGCGGGGACAGCGAGGACUCGGAGCCAGAGGAAGCCCCAGAGGCCGGGGCAGGUGGCCAGGCGCUGCCGUCCGCACAGCACACCGUGCCGGACAUGGACCUGUGGGUGCCUGCCAGGCAGAGCGCCAGUGAGCUGUGCGGAGGGGGAGCCCGGGGCUGGCCAGGACGCCGUGCUGCCCCCCCCAGCCCUCCCGGGGCCUCCAGCGAGCCUCAGGCCGGCAGAGCUGCUCGCCCCACAGCUUCGGGUCCCGCAGAGGAGGCGGGCCAGGCACACACUCCCUCCGGGACCCACGGCACCAGUGUGAGAGGCAUCGGGUACCCAGGCUCGGCGGACACGCACCUCUCGAGCUCAGAGGAGCCGGCAGACGAGAGUGGGAGUCAUCUGCUGAAGGUGCCACUGGAGAGCGUGCUGCAGGUGCUCAGGACCAACACAGCCCGCCGGUGCCAGGCUCUGAAGAAGAAACUGAGGCAGCCGUGCCCGCUCAGCCCGUCCCUGGGGGCCAGCCCCAGUGACAGCAGCGUGGCCGGGCCCCGUGUACGGCGGCUGUGGCACAGGACGGUCGGGAACAGGCGGCGGUGGCGGGGACACGCCCUGCAGAGGAGGCUUGUUGAGCGCCAGCUUCUGGUGGCCAUGAGCCCGUGGGUGGGCGACGUUGUCCUGCCCUGCACCCGCCGGAGGCCUGCCGCCGUGCACACCCGAGCCGAUGGCAUCGGGAAGCAGCUGCGAGACGCCCAGCUGGCCAGCACUCCCGCGUUCACCAUCUUUAUCCAGCUGUUCCAGAUUGACACUGCUGGGUGCAUGGAGGUCGUUCGAGAGAGGAAGGCCCAGACCCCUGCCCUGCUCCAGGCUGGCACUCGGGACCCAGUGCCCAGGCUCCUACAGGUGUCUUCGUCGCAGAAUCCUACAGGCCGCAGCUCCGGGAAUCCGCCAGCGCGAGAAGCUGCAAAGCAGAGCACCGGCCACAAAGGGAGCAGGGGUUUACAGCCCUACCAUGCGGAGUCCAGGCCACCAGCGCCCCCGCCAGCUCCGUGUGGCCCCCGGCCCAAGCCCAAGACCGUCUCUGAGCUGCUCCGGGAGAAGCGGCUUCGGGAGGCCCGGGCCAGGAAGGCCGCCGCCCCAGGCACCGUGGCUCUCCCACCACAGCUGCUGCUGUCCUCGCCACUGAUCCUCCAGCCCCGUCUACCGCAGGCCCCCCCCACCCCCGAGGCCCCGGGCCCGGCUGCCACAGACACGGCGCUCUCUGGGCCUGGGAUCCCUGCAGCAGUGGGGCUGAGUACUUCAGGCAAGAACGAGAGACCCUCCACCCUGCCAGUCUUGGACCACACCCUGGCCUCCACAGAGGCUGCCCCUGCUGCCUCCAGAGCUCCAGUUCCCAGCCAGGUCCUUGUGAGUGGCCAUCAGGGUGGCCUGGGACAGUCUCAGGCCCCAGCCGCGUCCCGGAAGCAGGGCCUGCCUGAGGCACCACUCUUUCUCCCGGCAGCCCCCAGCCCCAUUCAGCUGCCUCUCCAGCCCCUCAGCCUGCCACCAGCUCUGGGCACCCUCAAGGGUGGGCCUCACGUGGCGGCCAGCACGCCUCUGCCUGUCACCUGGGUGCUCACAGCCCAGGGGCUGCUCCCUGUGCCAGCCGUGGUGGGCCUUCCUGGGGCGGCAGGGACCUCUGGUCCCAAGGGACUGUCUGUGACUCUGCCGUCCUCCCUGCCUGGGAUGCAGGUAGGCCAGGGCCCCAGGCCCCCUGGGCUGAACCACCCCUGGCAGCCCCCGGUCAGCGUGGACACAGACUCAGAUUCUCUCUCCAGGACAGACCUCUCGACCCUUCCGAUGCUUUGCCAAUCCCAAAGUUCUGUGGAAGUGGGCAGUGACGUGGCCCGUGCCCCUGGGGGACCUUUCCCCGGGGAGGCCCAAGUGGCCAGGGAAAUAGCUGUGCCCAGGAUACCCUCCCAGGCCACGCUUCUGGCUGACCAUCCUGAGGCAAAACCCGCGUGGUCCAGCCAACCCCCUCUGCAAGCUGGCACUAGCCCUGGGAGUGGCCCAGGAGGGACACUGGGGUACCCGGGGCCAGGGGGACUCACGGGACCUCUGUGCCUAGAGAGGCCACCCCCACCCCGGCCUGGGCCUGAGAGGGGUGCCCUGGACCUGGACCUCCUGUCCCAGGAGAGUGAGGCAGCCGUGCGGGAUUGGCUGAGGGGACAGCAGGGGGUGUGCGUGCCCCCGCUAGGGAGCAGGCUGCCCUACCAGCCCCCAGCCUUGUGCAGCCUGCGGGCCCUGUCUGGACUCUUGCUACGCAAGAAGGCCUUGGAGCGGAGAGCCACCUGCCUCGUGCCCAGUGGGGCAGCCGGAGGUCUGCAGGCCUCGCUGGGGCAGGUGCAGAGGCAGCUCCAGGGCAGCCCGGCCUACCUGCUGCUGAAGGCGCGGUUCCUGGCAGCCUUCACCCUCCCCGCACUCCUGGCCACCCUGUCUCCCCACGGCGUCCCCACCACCCUGUCGGUGGCCACAAGGGCCGAGCCGGAGAGUGAGGAUGAUCUGGGGGAGUUGGAGCUCACUGAUGGCUGCUCCCCAAGUGGUCCUCGGGCGGGGCCGGCAGCCACCAUCCCCAUUCAGGGAGCCCCAGACCCCGGGCAGGGUUCUGACUCUUACUGCCUGGAUGGUCCUGACAACCUUGAUGUGCUGAAAACCAGGCACGCCUGGCACGCCCGGAAGAGGAGGCGGCUGGUGUGAGCGCAGGGAGGCAGGAGCCGUGCUGGACCCUGGUGAGCCCACCUGCCCGGAGAGCCCCUCACCGACCCUUCCGGAGAAAGGCAAAGCAGCUGGAGAUUGGGGAGGCUCCGCUAGCAGGGACCGUGAGGCCAGAGGGGCUUGGCUGGUCCUCAGGCACAAAUUGGGAUGUUUGAAGGAAUAAAGGAAUGGC